GAAAUGCGUCGAUUUUGUGAUUGUUUAUGUUUUUCAACAAUGACCAUUUCGUAAUAUUCCACUGUGCAACCAAAACAAAACUGUCAUUCUGUACUGACAAUCAUGUUUCACACGUGAAAAAUAAUCAAAAGCCGGCUGUUUGCAGUAAAAUUGUCGACAAUAAAACUUUGCUACAUAAUCUUUAGAAUUCUCUACAAGAAUUUCUACAAUGGCAACGGAACAUAAAGUGAUUCCCUCCGUAUCGCUAUACCUCAACGCGGCCUGUGAUCUGGCGAAGGAGAUUGAAAACGCAUCCAAGGCAAACUGUAGCUCCGUUACCGUACCCAUCGUGCACUGGAACUUCAACCGGGAAUUCGUGCGCGAACCGGUACGCUCGCACCACGUGCAAUUUACGCGUUCGGAUCUGCUACUUUCUUCUUCACAAUGGGCCCAUAAGGUGAUUUGUCGGAUCGGCGAUAAUUUGGAUCUGGACUCACCGAUCGACCAUAUUCGGAAGCAAGCGGAACGUACCAUACGGCAGGAAAUGUCGUUCGCCGAACAUUUGGUACAAACUGGGUAUCUAUACACAAGGCUCACGAAAGCCAACUGUACCAAUUUUGCACGAACGGUUGGUUGUACCAUAACAAGGGGCACGCUGCUGAUAGAAGUUCCACUUUCCAACCCAAAGCUUACACAGAAUAGCUGGCGGCGAGAUGUCGACGAGGAGGAACAGGAGGUAGAAAACCCUUGGCACUGGUGGAAUAACUUCCGCACACAUUCGGAUGGUAAUGCGGUUCUAAAGGUAGCGCUAGAACUGACGGCGGACGUGCCUAAACAGGAUGAGAUAUACCGUUGGUUGGGUGAACCGAUUGAUGUCAUCGUACUGCCGGCUAGCAUUUUUCUGACCAAUGCCAAAAACUAUCCGGUACUCUCGAAAGCCCAUCAAUCGCUUGUGAAUCUGUUCUAUCGAACGUUCGGCUGCCAUUUCAUAUUGAAGGCUAAUCCGGCCGAUGGCCAUAUCGCGCACUACGUCGACUACAUCAGGUACACUAUACAGCAUAACUAUAUCAGGGAUCCGGCCCAAGGCUAUGAGGAUUAUCUUCAAAACCCUCUCCAACCGCUGUAUGAUAAUCUGGAUGGUGUGACGUACGAGGUGUUCGAGAAUGAUCCUGUAAAGUAUAUUUUCUACCAAAAUGCCAUCGAACAGGCGCUGCUUGAUCGUGUACCGGAGGAGGAACGUGAAACGAAGACAACGAUCAUUAUGGUUGUUGGAGGAGGCCGCGGCCCACUCGUACGUGCCGCCCUAAAUGCUGCUAAGACAACGAACUGCAAGGUUAAGGUGUACGUAAUAGAGAAGAAUCCAAAUGCUAUUGUUACGCUGACGGCGCACAUCAAUGAACUAUGGCUGGAUGGAAAGGUCGAGCUGAUUUCUACCGAUAUGCGUGAGUUUAAUCCUCCGGAAAAAGCGGACAUACUAGUGUCCGAGCUGCUUGGCUCGUUCGGUGACAACGAGCUUUCGCCGGAAUGUCUCGACGGCGCACAGAAACAUCUGAAGGAUAAUGGGAUUAGCAUACCGAGCAAAUCUACCUCCUACAUCAAUCCGUGCUUUGCCUCGAAGGUUUACAACCAGGUGCGCACGCUUGACCGUAAUAUGCAUAGCAAAGAUCGAGUGAUCUCUUCGCGCCACAUGGAGCAAGUGUACGUGGCAUAUCAGAAGAACGCGUUCCACAUAGACGAUCCGCAGGAACUGUUUCAUUUUGUCCACCCAAACAGGGACAGUGAUCCGAUCGAUAACAACCGAUAUCAGACACUUCGGUUCCGUGCUUCGCUCGAUUGCGUGAUGAACGGUUUUACCGGGUACUUUGACACGGUGCUGUAUAAGGAUAUCACGCUUAGCAUUCAUCCGUUUACGCAUACGAAGGGUUUGAUAUCCUGGUUCUCGAUGUUUAUACCGCUGACUGAGCCGGUACAGUUGAAGAAGGGCGAUGAGAUAACGGUUCAUUUCUGGCGCUGUGUUGCAUCGCACAAGGUAUGGUACGAAUGGUGUCUCAGCGGACCAGUCGUGACGCAUGUCCACAACAUUGAUGGCCGAGGGCAUCCAAUAUGGCAGUAAACUCAUUCAUUACCUCAGGACGAUUAUUAUUAUCAAAUAACGGGUUAUAUAUCGCUUCAAAGAAGAAAGAUAUAGUGUUGUUUUAUAAAUUUAAUAAUCAUCAACUUAAGUUCUUGCUGUAUAAAAUGAUAAAUACAUGUUAAAGACGAAACAAACAUAGA